AACGCCCGGAUGUGCCUCUGCUUCCGGCGCGCUCCCCGAGAACUAUAGGGGACGCGUACCGCGGCUCGCGGUAGCUUAAGGGUCGGUAUGGCCCUGUGUGACUGGAAAAUGGAGCAAGAAGCCUAGUCUAUGGGGCUAGCUCUGACCCUUACCCUCUCCCCGGCGGAGGUCCAGCCGCUCCUGCGACCAGGAGCCUCCUCCCUCGCCACCCUGAGUGCGUCCGAGCUCCCGAGUGGCCUGGGCCCGCGAGAAUAGUCGCCGAGGCCCAGGGCAUCGGGCUUCCGCGCGCUGGGUUACGGGAUCUGGGGCGUCCUGUGGGGACCCCUUGGUUUCAUUCCAGGCGCGAAAAUCUCCGCGCGGUGAGGAGCAGUUGUGUUCACUGGCUAUUGGAGGUAGACAUCUGGGAUCACCGGCAUACAGCAAGUUUUCUGUAUUGAUCAAGGCCAAUGUGCAAUACCAACAUGUCUGUGUCUACUGAUGGUGCUGUAAGCACCUCACAGAUUCCUGCUUCGGAACAAGAGACCCUGGUUAGACCAAAGCCAUUGCUUUUGAAGUUGUUAAAAUCUGUUGGUGCACAAAAAGACACUUAUACUAUGAAAGAGGUCAUAUUUUAUCUUGGCCAGUAUAUUAUGACUAAAAGAUUAUAUGAUGAAAAACAACAACAUAUUGUAUAUUGUUCAAAUGAUCUUCUAGGAGAUUUGUUUGGAGUACCAAGCUUCUCUGUGAAGGAACACAGGAAAAUAUAUACAAUGAUCUACAGAAACUUGAUAGUUGUCAAUCAGCAGGAACCAUUAGACUCUGGCACAUCUGUGAGUGAGAACAGGUGUUAUCUUGAAGAUGGGAGUGAACAAAAGGAUCCUGGGCAAGAGCUACAAGAAGAGAGCCCUUCAUCAUCAGAUUUGGUUUCUAGGCCAUCUACCUCAUCUAGAAGGAGAGCAAUUAGUGAGACAGAAGAAAAUUCAGAUGAAUUGUCUGGUGAACGACCAAGAAAACGCCACAGAUCAGAUAGUAUUUCUCUGUCUUUUGAUGAAAGCCUGGCUCUGUGUGUAAUAAGAGAGAUACGUUGUGAAAGAAGUAAUAGCAGUGAAUCGACGGAGACGCCAUCAAGUCUGGAUCUGGAUGAUGGUGUAAGUGAACAUUCUGGUGAUUGGUUGGAUCAGGAUUCAGUGUCAGAUCAAUUCAGUGUAGAAUUCGAAGUUGAAUCUCUUGAUUCAGAAGAUUAUAGUCUUAGUGAAGAAGGGCAAGAACUCUCAGAUGAAGAUGAUGAGGUAUAUCGAGUCACUGUGUUUAAGACAGGGGAAAGUGAUACCGAUUCAUUUGAAGAAGAUCCUGAAAUUUCCCUUGCUGUAACCAGGAUGGGUGUGGAGAAGAAGCCAUCGGUAAUCUCCCUUGGGGAAGCAGCGUGGACCUGGAGAAGCAGCAGCCAGCCACACCACUACAAGCCUGCUGGCUGCCAUUGUCUUCAGGGACCUGUGGCCAGUGUGGGCCAGAAGAGCCAGCCAGCCAUGCCUUGGAGAAGCCAUGUGGGCCUGGAGAAGCCUGCCCUGCACUCUACCACCUCCCCAGGAACCUGGGCCAGGAGAAAGCCAGGUGCCUGACCCAUCUCCCUGCCCUGUAAAUGGGUAGCCAACAGGGGAAGUGCCUGGGACCCCAGAAACUGCUCAUCUGAAAGAAACCAAGGAAAACAUCAAGAUGAAGGAGCAAAAGGCAAUCUCUGGCCUCCAGCCUAAAUAGAACAAGUCCAGGAGACAUGGACGUGGAAGAGAGUGGAAGUUGCACACCUGAAAUUUCUGGGAUGAUGGCAGCUGAAAUAAAGAAACUACUUCAUAAGGCUGUGAAAGAAAUCAGCCCAGAAAUAAUAUCUCAGGUAAAAGAAAUAACAUAUUUUCUUAGUGUAUCUAAAAAAAGACACAGUUAAAGAAAAGAGGAAUGAGAAUGAGGGAAACCUUGAAUGAACAAUAUAGAGAAGAAUUGGAAGGCAUGAAACAGACUCAAAGAGAUAUCUAGGAAAUUAAAAACUCUACAGAAAGCUGGCAAAACAGCUUGAAACUGAAGAUAGACUUUCAGACCUUAAAGACAGGAUGGCAGCUAGCGAUUGUGAAAGGAAAGAUCUCUUAAACAUAACAAGGAACCAGGAAAUAGCAAUUCAAUGACUGCAAGAUGACACAAAAAUUAUUUAAGAGUGAUAGGUGUCAGCAAAAAAGCAGAAGUCAACACAAAUAACGUAAAGAGACUGUUUACAGAAGUAAUAGCAGAGAACUUCCCAAGCCUGGGAAAAGGACCUGACAUACAGAGAAGUGAGACGUACAGAGCUCCAACUAGCCAUAACCCAAAUAAAUUUACACUCAGACAAUGGUAAUCAAGAUCCCUGAAAUUCAGCAUAAGAACAGAAUGCUAAAGGCUGAUAGAGAAGAGAAACAGAUCACCUAUAAAGGAAAAUCUAUCAGAAUUACAGACAUCUCAACACAAAUUGUCUGUUCAAGAGCCUGGAGUGGAGUAUUUCAAGUCCUGAAAGAAAACAACUUCCAACCUAGAUUGAUGUACCCUUAAAAAACUAUCUUUCAAAAUUAAUGGAGAAAUAGGAUUCUUCCAUGACAAAAACAAUGGAAGGAAUUCAUGACUACCAAACCAACCCUACACAGAGUAAUGAAGUAUAUUCUAGAGAGAGAUACAAAUGACCACAGUUCCAGGAAUAGCAGCAGAGAGAGAUCACCGAGUGGGGCAGACAGUUGAAUGGAGGGGAAAAGUAGGAAGCCGAUGGCAGGAGAAAAGCAUGGAAGAGAUUAACCAGGGCGUGUUGGCCAUAACCAUCAAUGCAGAUGGCCUCAGUUCACCAGUAAAAGAGACACAAGCACACUGGAUCAAGAAACAAGAUCCAUGAAUAUGCCGUAUACAAGAAACACAUUAACUCAGAGGGAAAUUCAUAGACUGAAAGUCAAAGGAGAAAAAACAAUGCUCCAUACAAUAGGGAACCAGAAAUAAGCAGGGGUAGCUUGCCCAUCAACCACAGAAUGGAUAAGUAAGAUACAGCAUUUUUAUAUGACGGAAAGCUACCCAGCUAUAAAGAAGGAUAAUUACAAGGCUCUUGUAGGUAAAUGGACACACUUAUGAUCAUGCUCUUGGUGAAAUGGUUUGGACUCACAUGGAUGAACAUCAUGUUGUCUCCCUAGUGUAAAAACUGGAGGAGUUAGUGGGAUCCAAAAUGUACAACAGAUACUGUGAAAGUAAAGGGGGAGGAAACAUCUAAAAAGGGGAGGUGGUAGCCAUUGGUAGUUCUUUAUUAUCUUGUUUUAAAGUCCUGUAUCAUUUUCAUUACUUUGUUUUGAUUGGUUUUAUUCUAUUUGGUUUGAUUUUAUUGAAUCUGAUGGCAUGGGCAGGUAUUUUGAAGAUAACUAGAUAUAUUAUGGUAGCCAUUACUGAUUUCCUAUUAUCUUGUUUUGAAGUCCUGUAUUACGUUCACUGUUUUGUUUUGAUUGGCUUUAUUGUUUUAUUCUCUUAAAAAUAAAAAUAAUGUUAAUAUUUAUAAGAUA